CAUCCUUUAAGCAGGGUGGGGCUAGGUGCGCGUGCGCGGUUUUAACACUCCUCCCCAAACUGCCAACUCUUCGCGCAAGCGGGGUAGACGCGCCUUGCCUGGGUUUACGCGUGCGCACUAGCGGGCCUGGACCCGGAAGACCAGACGCCUGCGCAGUGGGGACUACGGUGACAGUCCCCCGGCUGGGACGCCGGCCAGUCAUGGCGGAGCCUUGGUCUGGGCAAUCCUUGCAGGCUCUGCCGGCCACGGUGCUGGGCGCUCUGGGCGCCCUCGGCAGCGAGUUCCUGCUGGAGUGGGAGGCGCAGGACAUGCGCGUGACCCUCUUCAAGCUGCUGCUGCUUUGGUUGGUGUUAAGUCUCCUGAGCAUCCAGCUGGCGUGGGGGUUCUACGGGAGUACGGUGACCGGGCUGUAUCACCGGCCAGCCUGCUCAGAUACCCACCCCCAGCUUGCUGCAGCUCUGGAUGUGUUCCUGCCCCCAGGUCUGGGCGGCCAGAACGGAUCCACACCUGAUGGCUCCACGCAUUUCCCUUCCUGGGAAACAGCAGCAAAUGAACCUCUUAAAACCCACAGAGAAUGAGGGAAGGCAGCAGAGGGGUCUCCAGGAACAUCACCAGGUCUGCUGGCUCCCACACUGAGUGCUGCUGCUGCCCAGACCCCAGGGACGACUGCAGCGGGGGUAGAGGUUGGGGGUACGGAGUAUGCCAGUGCUUGCAGGGCUGGGCCUUCACUGCCCUUGGUCUUGCCUCCAGCAGCCCCAGGCAUUGGGCCAGUAAAGAGUUUGCCUGUACCCUGAUCUGGGUGGCUUAAGGAGAGAAGGCAUGCUUCUCCUUUCAGGGGUCAGCUCAGAAGCCUCUGGGUUGGGGAUGGCAACAGUCCAUUUUCUGUCUUGGCUUUUUCCUGUUCCUCUUCCCAUCCCCCUGGGAUGUGACCCUGUAGAUUUGUCCCUGGGAGGAAGCCUGAGGUUGACCAGCUCUGACAUUUGUAAGGCAGGUCUGUUUUCCCCUAAGCCUUGGGUUUCCUUUAUUUGGUUUUGCUUUGUUGGCAGGGACCCAGGGAAUCCUGGCCUGGACACAGCCUUAUAUUUUAUGGUUACUUAGCUGGCCAUUCAAGUGUAAGACAGUGGACACCAAACACCCACCUCCUUUGGCUCAUCCUGAGCUCUCCAGAUGUGAGUCAGGCUAUAUAAGUUCUCUUUUCAUUGUACUCAUAUUCCUCUUAACCCCUCCCAGAAUGAAGCUGGGUACCUAAAAGUGGCUGAGUCCCGGGGGUGACCUCCCAUCCCCACUGUUUAAGUGCCUGUGGGGUUGUGGAUCUGUACCCCGCCCCUCAAAGGGACAUACUGAGCAGUUUAGUGCAAAGCGGCCCCAUCGUGCCCUGCAGCCUCACCACUUCCCAUCUUGACCUGGAACCAGAGGAGCUUCGUUCUAAGAGCCCACAAACUAGGCAGGCCUGCCACUUCCACAGUGAGCCAAGGGAACUUCCAAAGGUAUAAGUGGCAAACACCAGUUCCUGAAAGCAGUGUGGCCCUAGACCUGCCUCCUUCCCUGAUGGACAUACUUCUGCCUGCUUCUGCUGGGCCAGCAGCUACCUCAGUGUCCCACUGCUUGCUUCCUCUCUGUUAAAUGUCACAUUUCCAUCUGGCAGCCUUUGCCUAGGCUGUCUUUGCAGAGUGCACUGGAGUAGGACUAUGCUGAGCUCAUGCACAAGUACUCCGGAGUAUCUUCUGGCUGGUGGGAUGAUGGUUCUGCAGCCCCAGGCCUACCCACUGACAACAAACACCACACUCAGAAUUGGUCCCACAUUUCACCCCAAGCUCAACUGAGGAUGUGGCUUAUUAAACAUGGAAGUGCA